ACCCACUCUUUCCUCUUCAGAUUCUUUUCCCUUGGCAGCUGCCCUCGAGGCGAAGAGGGGAGAAGAGAAGCGCGAACACAUUUCGGGUGAUUUGAUAUGGAGAUUAUGUUCUUUAUGCGAGGGUUAGGGUUACUGGAUCUCUGGGUGUAGCAAGGGAAGGGCCGAUCGUGAUCUCGGAGACGAAGAUGAGGGAGAAGCGUGGAUUGGUUCCCGGCGAUGACCUGCAACCUGAGCCCAAACGGCAAAAGGUGCCGGCCCUCGCGAGUGUGAUUGUGGAAGCUCUUAAGGUUGACAGUUUACAAAGACUUUGCUCUUCAUUGGAGCCGAUUCUUCGAAGAGUUGUUAGUGAAGAAGUGGAGCGUGCUUUAGCAAAACUUGGGCCUGCUAGAGUUGGAGGCAGGGCUUCUCCAAAGCGUAUUGAAGGACCUGAUGGAAGAAACCUGCAACUGCAGUUCAGAUCAAUGUUGUCCCUACCACUUUUUACUGGUGGAAAAGUAGAAGGGGAGCAAGGAUCUGAAAUUCAUGUUGUGUUGCUUGAUGCAAACACUGGGUUUGUUGUGACAUCAGGGCCUGAGUCAUCUGCAAAGUUAGAUGUGGUUGUGCUUGAGGGUGAUUUCAAUAAUGAAGAUGAUGAUAACUGGACUGAAGAAGAAUUCGAAAGUCAUGUGGUCAAAGAACGUGAAGGAAAGAGGCCACUUUUGACUGGGGACUUACAGGUGUCACUAAAGGAAGGUGUAGGGACACUUGGAGAGCUAACUUUUACUGAUAACUCUAGCUGGAUACGAAGUAGGAAAUUCAGACUCGGGCUGAAGAUUGCUUCAGGCUUUUGUGAGGGUAUUCGUAUUCGUGAAGCAAAAACAGAAGCUUUCACAGUUAAGGAUCACAGAGGAGAAUUGUACAAAAAACAUUAUCCUCCUUCAUGGAAGGAUGAUGUUUGGAGAUUGGAAAAGAUUGGCAAGGAUGGGUCAUUCCACAAGAAGUUGAACAAGAGUGGAAUAUUCACAGUAGAAGAUUUUCUCCGGACUUAUAUCAGGGAUCCGCAAAGAUUGCGAAGUAUCCUUGGUGGUGGCAUGUCAAAUAGGAUGUGGGAGAGCCUAAUUGAGCAUGCAAAGACAUGUCCCCUAAGUGGAAAGUAUUAUGUGUACUAUUCUGAUGACACAAGAAAUGUUGGUGCAAUCUUCAACCAUAUUUGUGAGUUUAGUGGGUUGAUUUCUGGAGACCAGUUCUGUUCAGCUGAAUCUCUGACGGAUAGUCAAAAGGUCUUCGCAGAUACACUCGUAAAAAAGGCAUAUGAUAACUGGGCAUGUGUAAUAGAAUAUGAUGGCAAGGCUCUUCUGAGUUUGACGUCAAAUAAGAAGACAAUAACUACCCGGAGUGAAUCUCGAGCUUUGGCAAAUUUUUCUGAUUCAUAUGAUUGCCCACCCUCACAGCAGCAGUUGUCGGUUCCAGCUCUGACAGUUCAGUCUCUCACUGAUACAGGCAUGGUCAGUGAAGGAGACAGCGGAUAUGGUGAUAAUCAAAUGACCAGAUGCUCCUCUCAUCCUCAACUUGUUAUCUCAAAUGCCCAGUUGCAUUACGAAGAUACAUCACUGACCCCUCAAAACCAGUUCUGUGAGUCUUCUGGCCUAGCUCAAGUUUCAAGAAAUGAUAGCUUCGGCCUGGCCUUGGGUCCAUCACAACAUUCAAGCUCGGAAUUUCAACUGGUUGGCCAGCCCAUGUUGUCUUCAAAUCUGAAUUCAUAUUAUGACUGGUCUAAUCAACGGCAGAGUCACGGAGUUGAUGAUUACCUAACAGAGGAAGAAAUCCGCAUGAGGAGCCAUGAGAUACUGGAAAAUGAGGAAAUGCAACAGCUACUUCGACACUUUAUGGUAGGAUCUUCCAGUAAUGUACCAGGAAAUGGAUUUGAGUCUCCUUCAUUUGUUUCUCCUCCAUCUCCACCCUUCAACUUCGAUGUGGAUCAGAACCGUUCGUCCGGUAAAGCUGUUGUCGGGUGGCUUAAGAUUAAGGCGGCGAUGAGAUGGGGCAUAUUCAUCAGGAAAAAGGUAGCCCAAAGGAGGAGAGCUCAACUUGUCGAGCUGGAAGAUUAGCAAAUCGAUUCAAAGUCUUCUUGGCCAUGUAACAUAGAACCUGGUGGCCUUUGCAAAUUCUAAUGGGCUAUCUUGCGUCCUCUUGAAGACUGCUAUAUGCUGAUCCGAUCCCUUUCUUCUGUUGAAGGCGUGAUGAUGUUGAUCCAAGUGCAGCAGAAAUUUCUCUACGUAACAUUGCAAGGGUCUCUUCGACUAUUGAUAUGGACAUUAUCCGAUGCUCAAGACGAUUGCACCAUCUAUCUCUUGGACAUUAACUAUGCCUCUCCAGUGUUGUAAACAUUUACUACAUCCAAUAAGUUGAUCUCAUUUAAUCUGCA